GUCAUUGAAGGAGAACGGAGUCCUGUAUGAGAGAUUGAAAAACCGUAGACUAAAACCAUCAAAAUGUCGUCAGGAUGUACAUUACCGUCAAAGAUAUGCUUGAUUUUCAUAGGUUUGAUAUUUUGGGGUGCUGCAGCAGGUCUCUUUUUUGUUGGAGGAUGGGUGUUUGAGACAUACAAGCACUUCAAUGAACUGACAACAGCCAAUCUGACCCUUAUCCCUGCUUCCAUUGUGAUAGCAGUGGGUGUGUUCAUGUUCAUCGUUGGACUCCUUGCCUGCGCAUCUUCAAUGAAAGAAAACAAAUGUCUUCUGGCAGUUCUGUUUUCUAUUCUCCUUGUGAUUCUCACAGCAGAAAUAGCCGCAGGGUCCUUGGGAUAUGCUUUCAGAGAUGAUAUGGAGGGAUCAGUUCGUGAUGGUCUGAACCAGGCCAUUGAUAAGUACAAUGGAACAAAGAGUGACCACCAGAUGGAGUACCUGCAGAAAGAGUUGAAGUGUUGUGGUGUCAACAAUGUGUCUGAUUGGGAAACAGCCAAAGUAUGGUCCCUGUCUCACCCUGGCAAGGUGCCACUGAGCUGCUGUAUACACCAGAACAACUGUACCCAGAACAUCAAUGGAACAGACAUCUUUCAGAAGGCCUGUCUGCCUGAGCUGAACAACAAGUUUUUGACAAAUUUGAGAUACAUAGCUGGAAUCGCUGUGGCCUUUGCUGUGAUCCAGGUGUUGGGAAUGAUCUCUAGCUGUGUCCUGUUCUGCAGGUCUAAAGAAGUGAGAUAUGAGGUCCUGGGAGGUCCCAACUCUGGUCUACGGGUGUAAACAGAAAAUCACUGCAAUUUCAAAAGACUAAGGUUGAAAAAAAGCAAGGGCAAUUACUAAAAACAAGGGAGAUAACUUAAGUGGUCAACUUAAACAAAGGUUUUACUCAUUACAGUGUAUAUAUAUAUAUUUUCCAAGUUGUAAACUUGACAUAACAUCUGAAUUAUCGGUUUUUAAAAUAAACUUAUAAAGAAAAGUAUAAUACCAAAAGAUUGGUGUUUCAUUGGUAGAAAAUUUAUUAUUUCAUGUAUAGUAUAUUAUUGAAAAAUCAUGUUUUGGAAAAUACAUAGGAUGUACAAUGCACUAACAACGUGGAUGUUGUACUUUGGUGUAGGAGGUCAGUGUGGCAAAACAUCUGCAUCAGAAGUUAAAGGAAUGAUGUGUGUGAUUGCUGUGUAAUAUUCUAUAACUGUCUGUAAUCAGGAGUUAUUCAUGCAGGUUGUGUAUUAAGUGGUCAGAACAUAUCUUGAUUCCUUCAUUCAAAAGAAAUACUUGCAAUACUUUUUGGUGCAAGUGUUCUGACACUAUGCAACCUUGGUACAUGCAUGAUUGAAUCACAUAUUAACAAAGGAAAAUAUUCUCUUGCAAUGCAAUUUUUUUAGUUAAACAAGAAAUGAAGGAAAUUGAUUAUUAAUGUUGAAAAAUUAAAGGUUUAAUGAUAGCAGGGAAUUAAGCAAGGAUGUCCUACUGAACAAAAAAAACCCCUUUAACCUUAGAGAUCUGAUUAAAGAACUAAUGCUCAUUUAAUAUUAAAAUUGGUGGAUUAUUUGAGAGAAUUAGUCGCUGAAAUGAAUGGAGAAUUUAUGAAACAUCAAGUCACUGCCGAAAUUGAAAAUUCUUGAUAAAAUGCUGACACCAUUCCACCUUAAUAGCUUGCCAUGGAAGCUUGACAAGUGUGAAGUUUGGUCUUGUUACAUUAGAGUUUCUUGAGCUAAGUAUUUGUCUUUUAUGUGUUGUGAACAGACCAAGUCUACUUGUGUUUUUAAAAUAUUGUUGUAUUCACAUGUAGAUUCGAAUGCACUGUAUAUGGACAUAAAUAUUUAUUUAUCUACAAUGCAAGUUGAGAAUCGAUCAAUUUUGUAUGAUGCAAUGCAAUGUUAUGACACAAAAUGCUGAAAUGAUGUGUGCUAGAACCAGCAAGUGAUAUCUUAUCAUUGAUCUUGAUAUAGGAUGUCAUCUAUUUCAAAUUUUAGAAUUUAAUUUUCUUCAAUGUGAUAGAAGCUCUUGAUGACUGGUAGCUUUAUUUUAGUCUGAAAACUUUGAACUUCAUCUGUAACAAAUGCUAUAUAAUGUGCAUUGCUAUAGAAAAGUAAAAACAUAUGCAGAAAAUUUAUUUGGAAAAUGUUUAAUGUUUUUUUGUCUACAGUUUAAACAUUUUGAAUUGCAUUCUAUAAAUUUUGAAAUUAUUUACAAUCUACACAGUUUGUCUUUUAAUUUUUUUUUCUUUUUUUGCCUUUUCCAGAAACAUUCUAUUUGUGCAUUGAUAUUCAUCUUGUUGUAUGAGAACCCAUCUUUGUGUAUACUCUGAGUGUUUCAGAUGAUGUAAAAGCUUCUAUUAUAAUCUGUUUCAAUGUACCAAUAAUCCUUUUUUUGCUUCCCCAGCUUUUGGCAGAAUCAUGAAAUGAUAGAUUACUGGGAUUUUUUAGGUGUAAAGGAAACUGAAUACACAGGUUGGGAACUGAGACAUCCAAGCUUUGAUUGUUACUGUACUAAAGGUAUUUCUACAAAUGGUUGGAUCUGGUAUAUUGAUACUCCUGAGGGUUUCUUAUGGCAACUGAUUUUAAGCAGUAUGAUACAAAUUAAAUGUUGUCAAUUUCAGUGAAGUCAUAUAUUUUCUUUGAACUCCAAAUUCGUGGUGUGAUAAAAUUUGUAUCUUUGCACUUGAUUUUAUAGAUAAAUCUUAUCUAACAAAUCCACUGGCACAUAAUCCAUUGUAAUUUGUAUCUAGUUAUCAUUUUGUGGACAUAUGAAUCAAUGGAUUAAGAGUUAACACGAAUUCAAUGAAAAUAAAUCCCCACAAAUAUUAUGAUGUUAGAGUAAAAUUCUUCAUUAAUAUGUUUCUGACAUAACAAGAAAAACAUAAGGACUCAUUUAUUGGUAGACUUCCUCAUUAUAACUUAAUGGUACAUAAAAUGUCUCUUGCUCACCUGAUAUCUACAUACCUAGCAACAAGCUGGAUUACGUUUUUUUAGUAAAGGGGAAUAACUCCAAAAGUCUUAGUCAUCACACUCAAAGAAUGACUUUUACUGCAGGAGGUAAAGAAGACAUUGAAUUUUGUUCAUGUUGAUGUGAAUGUGUUGGGUAGACCUCAUUACCAUUCAUCAAUGCUUGGUGUUUCAUGGUAAUAUUCCAUGUUGAGUAUGAUAAAAAUUUUAGGGGAAGAAUUUGUUUUACCAAAGAUCUGAGUGUUGGAGACGUUAGAAUCGUAUUUAACUUUAUACCAUAAAAGAAACAGGUACAGCCUUUCAAAACAUGACAAGUAGCCAAGGAACUAGACAUCAUUCGGGAAGUGCGAAUCCGAAUUUUAAAUCUACGGUAGAAUGUUUUUUUCUCCAUUGAAUUUUUAUGAGAUUUUCCUAAUAAGGAAAUGCAUUAUAUUUAGAGUAGAUAUUUAUGAUAAUUUACAAACUACAAACAGCAUAUUACAAAAUAUACAUAUAUGGAACAAUAACAAACAGAAAAUGAAUUCUGUGGUUGAAAAAUAUUCUUCUGUGUAAUAAUGGCUUAUCGCAUGUAGAGGUAGGAACUAAUAAAUAAAAUUCUAUGUUGAAAGAAGCUUAUCAAUAUUUAGCAGUUUUGAUAAUGGUGCUGUGCAUCUGUUAAAAGGUAAAGAACUCCAGCAUAAAUCAAUGAUAUUGUAUGAAUUUCAAAGAGUUGACAUUAAGAUAAAUAAUUGAUUUGAAAUAAUGAUUAUUACAAAUGUUAUAAAAUAUUAUUUUGUGUGGGAAAAAUUUACACUAUAACAAUUAAGAGUUUGUUGUAGAACUUUUUCCCUUUCGUUUGUUAUAAAUGUACAUGUUUAAGAAUACUCAGUGCUGUUUGUGGACAGUUUGUGUUUUAGUUAUAUUUCUAUAAGUGCUAUUGUGUCCACAUGCUUUAGUGUGUUAAUAUGCAGCUUGUGUUGUUACUGAAUCACUGUGAUAUCCUCAUAUCCAUACAACAGAAACUUCAGUUAUUUGGAAGUAAGAAGAACAAAAUCUCAAUCAGAAAAGAAGAAAAAAAAUAUUAACGGAGAGAAGAAAAAGACUUGUUGUUUUAAUGUCAGUUCUGUCAACAUUAGGCUUUCUGCUUUAAAUUAAGAAAUGUUUACUAUUUUGAUGUAAAAAUAAAUUUUAGAAAAAAAUUAGGAUAUCAAACAAUUUAUUAAUUUGUCAUUAAAUGUUGAUGUAUAAACAUGGAGUUGGAGGUAAAUUUACCAAUUUCCUAAAGUUUGGAUUAAAAUGGCUUCUUCUCAUUAUCAACCUCAUUUGUAGAGCAGCAUCAUUGUGUCUUCUAUAUAAUUAUGUAUGUUCUUCCUUUUUAAAUAAAAUAUUAGAUGUU